GAUACCCAUAUAUUUAAUUGUGGUUCUUCUUUCCACUUUGGGGCUAAUUCUUGUACAUUUGUGUUAGUUUUAAGAUGGUUUUCUUGACGAUUUCCGAUAGAGGGUUUUCAUUCCAAUUGAACUUGGAUGAAUCUUUAGCUGUGUAUAGUUUGUAUGUGAAUUGUUAUGAAAGGCUAUUGUGUAUUUGAGUGGAUUCAGACUAGUUUAUAAAGUUCAAAUUCAAUGAACAUCUUCAUUGAUAGGUUGGUCAAUUUGGUCGGUUAAUUUGAGGUGAAUUUCUUAUGUAAAUUCGUAGUUGGCUUUUUGUAUCAAAACAAUAAUUGAUGUCUGAAACAUCUAAAGAAACAUAGUACCUACAGAACAUGAAUAAUUUUCUGCAAAGUCUGCCAAAUGUUGUUAAGCUAAAAUCAAAGACAGUGGUUACAAAUAUUCAUGUUUGACGUUUCCAUGAUUUUUCCAGAGAUCUUUCCAGUUAUGAUGGUUGUUGACUUGUUUCGAUACAAAUCAGACCGAACAAACCCGAUCCAGUACUCUCACCUAAGCUUAGGGUCGGGGGUGGAAUGUACGCAGAUAUCUUUUCAAUUAGGUUGUUUUGAUACAAAGUGUCGAGCACAAUAGUUGUUGAUGUAAUCCCCUUGUUAAUUUCUUGAUGCGUUUUGCACCCGUUCGAGUAAAAACUACACCAAUUCUCGUUUCGGGGAUCAUUUCAUGACAUGGGGAAAAUGUCAAAGCUAAAAUUACUUGCUGAAAGGCCCUAGGUCGGAUCUGCAUCCACCCAUAUGAGAUCAGCGGUAGCUCCUGUCGAAACGACAGCUGAGUUCGAUGAAAUGGUUUCCGGGACUCAAAGAAAGUAUUACAUGUUAGGCGGGAAAGGCGGUGUUGGUAAAACGAGUUGUGCUGCUUCACUUGCUGUAAAAUUUGCAAAUAAUGGUCAUCCAACUCUUGUAGUUUCAACUGAUCCUGCACAUUCUUUAAGUGAUUCUUUCGCUCAGGAUCUGACUGGCGGGACUCUUGUACCAGUGGACGGACCUAUUUCUCCUCUCUUUGCCCUGGAGAUAAAUCCCGAGAAAGCAAGAGAAGAAUUCCGUGAUGUAAGCAAGAAGAAUGGUGGAACCGGAGUCAAAGAUUUCAUGGACGGCAUGGGUCUUGGAAUGCUUGCUGAACAAUUGGGAGAACUGAAGCUAGGGGAGCUAUUGGACACACCUCCUCCAGGUUUAGACGAAGCUAUUGCAAUUUCCAAGGUUAUUCAAUUUCUUGAAUCACAAGAAUAUAACAUGUUUACGCGUAUAGUUUUUGAUACCGCACCCACUGGUCAUACACUACGGCUCUUGUCGUUGCCUGAUUUCUUGGAUGCAUCAAUCGGGAAGAUAUUGAAGCUUAGGCAGAAAAUAUCGUCAGCAACUGCAGCCAUCAAAAAUGUAUUUGGGCAGGAAGAAACUCGCCAAGAUGCUUCGGAUAAACUGGAGAAACUAAGGGAGCGAAUGAUUAAAGUACGUGAGCUUUUUCGUGACACCAACUCAACAGAAUUCGUUAUAGUGACAAUCCCUACGGUAAUGGCAAUCAGUGAGUCGUCAAGGUUGCGUGCUUCGCUUACUAAGGAAAAUGUUCCUGUCAAAAGGCUUAUCGUUAAUCAAAUUCUUCCCCAAUCUGCUUCAGACUGCAAAUUUUGUGCUAUGAAAAGGAAGGACCAGACGCGUGCAAUUGACAUGAUCCGGAAUGAUCCAGAACUAUCUAGUCUGAUUCUGGUACAGGCACCUCUUGUUGAUGUUGAAAUCAGAGGUGUCCCAGCUCUUCAAUUCUUAGGAGACAUCAUUUGGAAAUGAAAACAUCGAAUCUCAUCUGCAUGAUAAGGUCAACACAUGUAGUUCCAUCCACCCAUCUUAUUGGUUCAGGGCUAACGAGAAGUCGUUGCAAAUAAUUGCUACGGGAUCUUUUUGCAAUCGGCGAGUCCAUGAGUUUCCAGCACAUUUUUGGUUAGAAGGUGAGACACCUAUAUAUAUAUAUACACGCACACAGACAGGGAAGAAAUCUGCAAGCUAAACAGCAAUGGUGUCUUUUUGCAAUGAUGGUUAAUUUGUAGAGUUUGUUGUAUAUUUAGAUCGUAAUUUACUCUACAAAUUCGUGUAGUGUACGCAUAUUUAGGUUCUUUAAUGUACAAGUAUUCUUGAUCGAGUUCUUCACUUUUAAUGUGGCCGACUCUGCUUGUCCCUUGGA